GCCAGAGAUACGUCAGUUUUCAAUGUUUGUGGGUUUUGUUUUUAUUCAUGGACCAUGCUGUUUAAAUUUGCGAAAACAUUUUUGAAGAUUAUCGGCCGAAAUUUUGUUAGUGUCUGUGAUAUUUCGAAGUGUGGUCAUCCUAGAUGGCUGACUUGGAACAUCCAGUGCUUAAAAACGUUCGAUCCAGCGAAAUAAUUGAAGUUCUCAAAAGUCCCUUUUGCAUCGGACGAGCUUUGGAAUGCGAUUAUGUGAUACAAAACAAGAUAAUAUCCAGGAAACAUUGUACCCUGACGAAAACAGCAUUAGGGUGGUCUCUAACUGAUCUGAGCACGAAUGGUACCUUAGUUAACUCGCAACACUUAAAAGGCGAGACAAUUCCUUUGCAGCAUAAUGAUAUUGUAAACAUGGGUCUUAUUUACCAGUUUCAUACCAAACCAGAGUCCAAUGCUAACAUUGACAGCUUGAGUGGUACAUCCACCCUUAGCAGUUUUGAUGAAAAUGGCGUUAGUGAUGAGUUUCUAAGCAACCUUGCUGACAAUAUUUUAAAGGAAGUUGAGAAAACAGACACUGUGCAAGCAAUAAACUGCUGUACGGGCUCUAAUAAUUCGAACAGUACUGCUGAAAGUACAAAUAAAGGAAGUGGUUUAAUGAACACAAUAGAAUUUGAGGUGAAUAAAUGUUCCCCUGAAGUUCAGUGCCCUGAUGGUAACAUUGGCAAAAAAUGUAUUGAAAUGACGAAAUCGAAUGUGGCAGAGCCUCUUGAAAAUUCCUCAUGUUCUGUGGCGCUCGUGAGUCCCAAGAACAGAAACAAAAGGGUUAAGGUUACUGUUAAAACUUCAAACACUGCCAAUCAGAAUGAUAUGAAGGUAAUAAAAAUUAAGCUACCUCCAGAACAAGCUAAAGCUCCAGACUUCAAUGCUAAGCAAGAUCGACUCACUUUUGACAAGUUAGAACCGGCAGGGCAGGAAAAUAGUACUGACAAAACUAAUUCCGGUUCUACCACUAGCACUACCACCACUGUCACUGUUACGGUGAAUAAUUCGUCUACCUCUUCGGGCUCGACUAGUGUAUUUGACGACUUGUUAAGUGAGAAUAAUGUACCUGCUCCGAUAAAUGAAGUUGAUGUGGAAACGACCCUUACCAGCUAUCAAGAAGCUGGUCCUAGCAAUUCCAGCACUAAAAACCCUGAGAAAUGCCAGAGGAAUCAGAAUCAGCUUGAUGACGUAGAAGAGGAGAUGAUGUGUUCGAUAUGCGCCAAUUUGUUUAUAAAAGCGGUUACGUUGGAUUGUUCGCAUUCGUUUUGCGAGUACUGCAUCGGAAUGUGGAAAAAGAAGAAAUCGGAAUGUCCGAUAUGCCGCAAAAAAAUCACCCUCUCCAUCAGAACGUUGGUUUUGGAUAAUUUUAUAGAGAAGUUCGUCGAGAAUUCGUGCGUGGAGGUCAAGGAACAAAGGAGAAAAUCAUUGGCUGAAAGGGCACUGCUCGUAGAGCAGAUGGCCGCACAAUCGAAGCCGAACCAAAACAGUACGGCGAGGAGGAGCGCCAGGAACCAGGCAAAUGGUACUGCGCAAAGGGCGACUCCCGAAGCACCGCCCAUUAUUACCAUAGCUGAUUCGUCAUCGUCAUCGAGCGGCAGCGAAAGCGAUUCCGACUACGACGACGACUACGAGGAUUUGACAAUUCUUCUUUUAUCACUUUCUAGGGAUUACGAAUAUGAGUACAAUGGCAGACCGGGAGCUUAUUUUGGUGGAUAUGGAAGAUGCUUCAAAUGCGGCGACAGAGGUCACUGGGCCAACGGUUGCCCUUACGGUUAAAGUUGAUGCGAAAUUAAUCUGCGUUUUUUUUUUUUUGGUUCGUUAACGAAAUAUACCAUUUAAAUACCCGUAAAGUUUUUUUUUUUUUUCAAAGCCAUCCAGUGAUGGUCUUUUGUUUUCUGUGGUAUCGCACGGUAAAUUACAGUAUUUCCCCCAUCUAUAACCUAGCUGUCGCAUCGAGUUCUGUAAUUUUAAAGUCGAUUUCUAAUAAAUGACAGAAAAAUUAUCGCAAUUGUUACAAGUCAAAAAAAAUGCGAAUAUUAUACUCGCACUACACAAAAGUUUUUAAGCAAAUUAUGACCUAUUAGCAAUAUCUGGUGAAGGGAAAUUAUACAGGGUGAUGUAAGAGAAGAAAAAAUAAUUCCCUAGAUUUUUAAACUAUUUGGACCCUUGCGUAGCAUAUAGAACGUUUCAAAAAUAAGAUUUUGUACGAGAGUUCUGGAAACACGGUUUAUUGGAUUUUUCAAAUGGGACACCCUGUAAAUUCUUUCGUUUUCUAAAUCUGGGAAAGGAACUAACCAAAUUUUAUUGUUUUGGUUCGCUUAGAUGCGCCGUAUUCACUAUCUUUAUUGAUACAAAUAAAAUUGUAACGAUUUAAAAACUUUACUAGUGUAACUACUUAACAUUUCAAAAAGUUUCCGUUUUUUAUUCUUUUGCUCAAAACGUAUGCUACGUGAAUUACGAGUUAAAUUUCACUCAUGGUGUAACAUUUGAA